AUGGAGCGCGUCCCCGGCGGCCGGCGGCCCCGGCUGGUGUCCUCGCUGGGGCUGGGGCGGUGCUCCUGGGAGGUCACCUUAGACGAGGAGCGGGGGCGGCUGGCCUGGCGCGACCCCCGCCCGCCGCGCCGCGCCGGCGAAAACUGUUUUGUACCAAUCUCUGAAAUCAUUGCUGUAGAAGAAACGGAGUUUAACAAGAAACAACGUAACAUUGGCAGGUGGCAAAAAAUGGCCAAGCUACAUGCUUUCACAGUGUAUUAUGUGAAGAGAUCCCGGAAUCACCGCUGGCGGUGCAGUGAUCUGACAUUUUGGUGUGUUGAUGAGCAUUUAUGUAAUCAGUGGACACAGGCACUGAAGGAAUUACUUGAAAUGCUGAAGUCCAGACCAAAGCAGCUGCUUGUGUAUAUUAAUCCCUAUGGAGGAAAAAGACAAGGGAAGAGGAUUUAUGAACAGAAAGUUGCUCCACUCUUCAAUCUGGCUUCUAUAUCCACUGAUGUUGUUAUAACUGAACAUGCCAACCAUGCUAAGGACAACUUAUUUGAAGUUAAUAUUUAUAAAUAUGAUGGUGUUGUUUGUGUUGGUGGGGACGGCAUGUUCAGUGAAGUGAUGCAUGGUCUCAUUGGAAGAAUGCAGAAGGACUCUGGCAUAGACCAAAAUAAUCCCAAAGCAUCGUUAGUCCAGUGCAAUAUAAGGAUUGGCAUAAUUCCUGCUGGAUCAACAGAUUGCAUAUGCUAUUCAACUGUUGGCAUUUCUGAUCCAGUAACUUCAGCUCUUCAUAUUAUUGUAGGUGACUGUCAGCCUCUGGAUGUCUCUUCUGUACAUCACAACAACACGUUUUUGAAAUACUCUGUGUCAUUGCUGGGUUAUGGUUUUUAUGGAGAUAUAUUAAAAGAUAGUGAAAAGAAGCGGUGGAUGGGUCCAAUGAGAUAUGACUACUCAGGCUUCAAGACUUUUCUUUCUCAUCAUUAUUAUGAAGGAACAAUUGCUUAUCAGCCAGCAAAACACACGCAUGGAUCUCCACGAGAUAAAGAGAGCUGCAGAAUGGGAUGUUACAUUUGCAAGAAAAGUGAGAAACAGCUGGCAGAACAGACCAAGGAACAUGGAUUAAAGCAUGAAGAAGGUGAAGAAGAAUGGAAGGUUAUAAAAGGGAAAUUUCUUGCCAUCAAUGCUGUAAAUAUGAGCUGUGCCUGUCCACGAAGUCCAAAAGGUCUUUCACCAGCAGCUCAUUUGGCAGAUGGUUCAGCAGACCUCAUUCUGGUUCGGAAAUGCUCCAGAUUUGAUUUUCUACGGUAUCUUGUGAGACACACAAACCAGGAUGAUCAGUUUGACUUUCCAUUUGUAGAUGUUUAUCGAGUGAAGUGUUUUCAAUUUACAUCAAAGCUUUCAGAAGACAAUGAAAGCAAUGUCAUGGACAUAGGAAAGAAACGUUUUGGCCAGUUCUGCAGAGAUCAUCCAGCCUGUUGCUGUAAUAUUGUUAAUAGCACCUGGAACUGUGAUGGAGAAACUCUGGAUAGUUCAGCAAUUGAAGUGAGGGUUCACUGCCAGUUAAUGAAGCUGUUUGCAAGGGGAAUUGAGGAAAACUCUAAAGAUGAAGCUGCCUACAGCCAGAGUAGCAUUGAACAAUUAUUAUAGACAUUGUUCCUCCAAUGGGGAGAAGAAAAAUUAAAAGCUCAAGGAAAUUGAGUAAAUAUGCAUUUUAGUCAAAUUGACAAGUAUUUUAAACUUCUAGAUUUUAUUUUUAUGGCUUCACUAUAAUUUUAGACAUCUUACUGCAUUGUGUAUUUU